GCUCCUCCCCUCGCGAGCAGCGUGUGUAUUCAUUUGGCAGAACACAGCCCGCGUGUGGUUUAAGAUUAGGCACCAUCGAGAGACAAAGGGAACGGGGGAGGGGGAGGCACAGGAUAGAGAGAGAGAGAGAGAGAGAGCGCGAGAGUAUGCUUUUCAGAUGACAUCAUCGCUCAGAGGACAUGAAAGAUGCAGCAGUGAGGCAGGAGUAGUCUGGUGAUAAAGCUGAUGCCUGAUUGGUCAAAGUGUGUGAUGUAAUGCGUUACCAAGCUGUCCUCUGAAGCUUUUAAAAUUAUUUUCCAAACCCCCAUUCAGCGAGGCAUCAGAGAGGCUGGUAUUUCAGGAAACAGAUUUUGUGCUCAUUUGACAAGCUCAGUGCAUAACACUGUUCUGAAGAUGGAAGAUUUGGAAGCAAAGAGCAGGAGAUCUGAGUGUGGAUUUGUGGAAGAUAUACUUUUUUACAUAGAGAUGGACCCACCAGGUAACACUGCAGCUGAGCUAUACCACUGAGAGCCAGUCAACAUUAAGGCUUUGACUUGACAGUUCAGUCGAAGCCUCUUUGUCAUCUCCUACUAAUGAUUUCUAAUAGAUUUGCAGCCUAAAUUAUUGAAGUCCACGUCAGUCACAAGCAACAGUGCAAGCAACAUGACUCUGCAGGACUCAGAGUGGUACUGGGGAGAUAUUUCCAGGCAAGAGGUGAACGAAAAGCUGAGGGACACGGCAGACGGGACGUUUCUGGUCCGAGACGCCUCCACGAAGAUGCAAGGAGACUACACUCUGACCCUGAGGAAAGGGGGUAACAACAAACUGAUUAAAAUAUUCCACCGCGAUGGGAAGUAUGGCUUCUCAGAACCACUGACCUUCAGCUCUGUGGUGGAGCUUGUCAACCACUAUAAGAAUGAUUCCUUGGCCCAGUACAACCCCAAACUGGAUGUAAAACUGCAGUUUCCAGUAUCCAGGUACCAGCAGGAUCAAGUUGUUAAGGAAGACAGCAUAGAAGCAGUGGGCAAUAAGCUAUGCGAGUACCACGACCUGUACCAGUCGAAGAACAAGGAGUACGACGGACUUUAUGAAGAGUACACCAGAACAUCACAGGAGAUUCAGAUGAAGAGGACAGCCAUCGAGGCCUUCAGUGAAACAAUCAAGAUAUUUGAAGAGCAAUGCCAGACACAAGAGCGGUACAGCAAGGAGUACGUGGAUAGAUACAGGAGGGAGGGCAAUGAGAAGGAGAUACAGAGGAUCAUGGAGAACUAUGAAAAGCUGAAGUCGAGAAUAAGCGAGAUAGUGGACAGCAAGAAUCGGCUUGAGGAAGAGCUGAAGAGGCAGGCGGCUGAGUACCGGGAGAUCGACAAGCGAAUGAACAGCAUCAAGCCGGACCUGAUCCAGCUCCGCAAGACCAGAGACCAAUACCUGAUGUGGCUGACGCAGAAGGGUGUUCGGCAGAAGAAGAUCAACGAGUGGCUGAAACUGGACAAUGAGAGCACAGAGAACCCAUACUCAGUGGUGGAUGAGGAGGAAGACCUUCCACAUCAUGAUGAGCAUACCUGGAGGCUUGGCAACAUCAACCGCACUCAGGCUGAGGCACUGCUGUGUGGAAAGAGGGAUGGCACGUUCCUGGUGCGGGACAGUAGCAAGGCAGGAUGCUACGCUUGCAGUGUUGUGGCGGAUGGUGAGGUGAAGCACUGCGUCAUCAACAAGACCCCCACGGGGUAUGGCUUCGCCGAGCCCUACAACCUGUAUGGCUCACUAAAGGAACUGGUGCUUCACUACCAACAGACCUCGUUGGUCCAGCAUAACGACUCUCUGAAUGUGACCCUGGCCCACCCGGUGCAUGCACACCAGCGGCGCUGAGCACCUGCUGAGACACCCUGGAGUGAGCAAAAGUCGAUCGCCCCUUGGUGGGAACAUGGAGAUGAUACCAUGCUGGAAAGGAUUUCCCAAGAGUCUCGUCCUCCUGCUCAGAGACUUCCAUGAAACGUUCUCAAAAAUCAAGAAAAAAAAUUCAAAGAACAGAGGAGAUUCUGGGUAAGGUGGCAUGGUGCUGUGGACGCAGGUGACGUCAUCUUGUGCUUUUGAGAAGAAGCUCAGGUAUCCCUGAAAUGUCAGGCGUCUGGAGGUUCUUCGCAUCGGUGCUUGUUUACAGCUUUCCAUAGUGUGACCAGUUGGAAUGUCGAAUGCUGGUGAUAUGUGCAGCUUCUACAGCCCCUAAUUGUGUGUGCGUGUGUGUGCGCGUGUGUGCAUGCAUGUGACAGAGGGACACGCCCGGUUUAAAGAGCUGUUCGUUAUGGCAGGAGUCUGUAUAUUUAGCUACACACACACACACACACACACACACACACACACACAUAUAUAUAUAAUAAAUGGACCGACUGAGAAAUGUAGCAAGAUUGCACUUUUUUCCACAGAAUGUUUGAGUGUACCUUGGUUUUCAAAUUAAGUAUUACAGAAGUAUUGCAGAUGAUACUUUUUCUGUUAUAGUGCAAACCCUGCCUGCUAUCAGUAACGGAAAUAAACAUCAAAAGAAGUAGGACUUGCAUCAGUGCUCGUCUUUUCGGUUCAAUGCCACUUUUUCGCUAUGCAGUGUUGUAUCAUAACUUGAGAGCCCUUUUAUUUUGCAUAUGGAUAUAUAUGUAUACACAGAAUUUGUACUUGUUUUCUCGUACUGUUAGUGUUCAGGUCUGUAUGUUAAGUGACACGCUGUUAAUAUAUUGAUCGUACACUUUUAAAUGGGGGGGGAGGGGGGGUUGUGUAACUAUCUGGGUCAUUAGUACACUGUACAAAAUGAGAAUCAUUUUUUCUCUAUUUAUGUUUGUUAUUGUUUCGCUCCUCAUUUGAAAAGUGUUCGACUUACACAUUUAGGCUUUUCUUUGCCACAGAAAGCGGUACAUUGGCAUAUUGAAUGAUGGCGAAUGUCAUAAUCAGCUGGGUGCACGGUCACCACAUCCUGCCGUCUGCAUGCUCGCUAUCCCGUCUCAGUGGGGACAUUGCUACACUCCAAACUGUCUUCUGAUUUGUGACCACUGUGGAAAGUCGAAGAUGCUUUUCGGGAAGUUUUGAACAGUAGAUGAAGCUGUAAUUGUCAUCCCCGCUUCGUGUUUUUUUUUCUGUAUCAGAAAAUUCUACUUCAGCAUUUAAACGGAUGAAACAGCUCAUAUCAUUUGUUCUUCAUUUUCGUCCUGAAUUCCAUGCUAUGCCUAUAAUUGUCGAUACUGAAACUUGGAGAAAAUAAAGUUUGGAAAACAUGUAAUUAAA